GGCCGCGGCGGCGCGGGACUCGCUCCGAGAUGAUUCCUGACUCAUGUCGUCCCCCAGUGUCUGUUUAUGCCUCACGUCCUGAAACACGCACACGCGCCCUGUGCCCCGCAGACCCGGCCGCGGCGGAAGCGCGGGUUUCUGUGGGAUGCGCGCUGACCCGCACGUGCUUCUCGGAAAACCGCGGCGCGGGGCCCUCCCCCCCGGCGUGCGGACCUGAAUGCGCAAUGAGAGCGGGCGGAGUGCGGGUUUUCACCCCCACCCCGCCGUACCCCACCCCACCCGGCUUUGCUUAGGUUCACCAGGGGAUCGGCGGUAAGUGUCGGGCGCGGAGUCAGCAACCCAGCGCCGCCGUGAACGCGGGGUUCCUAAGACUGCGGAAGAAAAGGUGGAGGAGAGGGCGGUAAACCCCGCGCGAGUCCCCCAAGUGCUGCCACGGUCUCAGACACCGCGUUGCCCGUCUGGCACCGCCCGUAGCCAAGGGCCGGUGGGGCGUUCUCCCGGGUGGCGGUGCGCCCCCCCACCCGCCGAGGUGGGCCCCAGGAUGGCGCGACCCUCACCCCCCAGCCCCCUGCCUGCCUGGCUGGGAGUAAGGUGAGUGCUCGGUCGGGAGUCGCCUCCGCUCCUGCUCUAGGUUCUGAGGAUAGAGUGGCCCCCAAAGUCACUCGAACAACCUGAAUGCUGACGUCAGCGCUGCUGCUCCCCGGAAUCGGUGGGGCGGGGAGGCCACCCGAGAAAGAACGGGACACAGGUCGCUUUGGGAACGCCCUGGGGUCUGUGAGGAGGUGGCCUUCACUCCUGUCCAGGUGCGGAGAUAUGCACAGUUCACUCCUGGGGAGAAGGGUGAGCCCGCUUUCAGGGCCGCCCCUUAGGCGGUGCCCCCCACCCAGCCAGGAGGAGCCCUGGUUCAGCCAUCUUCCCUGUUUCCCUCUCCCGUCUGAGUUCCUGCGGUCUGGGUGGUGCCGCGGUUUAGAGGGGUGGGUUUCUGGUGGGUUUGCCUUCCUCCUCCUCCCGGCUCUCCAGCCCAGAAUGGAGCCAGACUGAAGACCCUCCUGGUCCCGGAGUAGUGCUUUCUGGACAGAAGGUCGCAGUGCUCUGGAGGGGACCGCACCUGGCUUCAAAAACCCAGUGGCCAUCCCUGCCCCACAGAUUGCUCUUCACCCAUAACACCAGUUGACCAUGAGGCAGUCCCGCUCAUGGAAUCUAAGAAGUACUUUGGAUUAAGGACCUCUGGGCCAUCGUGGGAGAAGUCUGCUGCCCAUAAGCAAACCCAUGUGAAGAAGCCACGUGGAGAGGCCUAGAGAAGAGCCACUCAGAAUCCUGGCUCCGCCCGCCCUCCUGAAGGCCCACCGGCCGCUGCCUUGACGGAGGCUGCGUGGAAGUGGACGCCCGGCCGAGUCUAGUCAACCUGCAGAAUCACACCAGCUAAUUGAACGGCUGUUGUUUCAAGCCUCUGAGAGUUGGAUGGAAAUGUUAAAAUGGACCUUCAAAAAUGCUAGGUUUACAAUGAGGAAUGUUAUAAUUCAAUGUUUACUCUACGGAUCCUUGACACUUGGGAUCUGGACAGCCAUCUUUAGUAUUUAUUUUCACCAUAAUCCUGUGAAGAAGGAGGAGAAGAAGAUCCAGGAGAAAGGAAAGCCAUUAAUUUGGUCCCUUGGGAAGAAAUUGCAAACUAAACAUGGCUCAGUGCAAAUACCAAGACCUUAUGUAAGAGUCAAAAGGCCUAAUGAAGAUGAAACUACAGAACAGAAGUCAUUUUUAAAAUUAGGUAAGGAUUUUAAGUAUUUGGACCCAGAACUUAUUCAUGGAUAUUCAAAAUAUGGAUUUAAUUCCAUUAUCAGUAAAAACUUGGGCAACUACAGAGACGUACCAGACACCAGGAAUAAAAUGUGUCAUAAAAAACGGUACCCAUCCAACCUACCUACUGCCAGCAUUGUCAUUUGUUUCCACAAUGAAGAAUUUAAUGCCUUGUUUCGGACAGUGUCCAGUGUCAUGACUCUCACUCCACAGCAUAUCCUUGAAGAAAUUAUUUUGGUAGAUGACAUGAGUGAAUUUGAUGAUUUGAAAGAGAAACUGGACUAUCACCUGGAAAUUUUUCGGGGAAAGAUUAAAUUAAUAAGAACCAAAAAGAGAGAGGGACUGAUUCGAGCAAGGCUGAUUGGAGCAUCACGUGCUUCAGGGGAUGUUCUGGUGUUCCUGGAUAGCCACUGCGAAGUGAAUAAAGUAUGGCUGGAGCCCUUGCUGAAUGCCAUUGCCAAGGACCCCCGAAUGGUGGUGUGUCCACUGAUAGAUGUCAUUGAUUAUGUGACCCUGGAAUACCAGCCCUCUCCUGUUGUCAGGGGAGCUUUCAACUGGUAUCUGCAAUUUAAAUGGGAUCAUGUUUUCUCUUAUGAGAUGGAUGGACCAGAAGGGCCUACUAGACCUAUCCGGUCACCUGCAAUGGCUGGAGGAAUUUUUGCUAUAAAUAGGCAUUAUUUUAAUGAAAUCGGACAGUACGACAAGGGCAUGAAUCUCUGGGGAGGAGAAAAUUUGGAACUUUCACUAAGGAUCUGGAUGUGUGGAGGCCAACUCUUUAUACUCCCCUGCUCUCGAGUAGGACAUAUUGAUAAGCAACACGUUGCAAACCACACUGGAAUUGCAAAAGCCUUGGCGUAUAAUAAUCUCAGACUGGUGCACGUUUGGCUAGAUGAAUACAAGGAGCAGGUAUUUUUACGAAGACCUAAUCUGAAAUAUCUUGCCUAUGGAGAUAUUAGUGAGCGUGUUGAAUUAAGGAAACGAUUGGGUUGCAAGUCAUUUCAGUGGUAUUUGGAUACUGUCUUCCCGGAACUGGAGACCUCUUAAGAGAGUCUCAUGAAAGGAAAACCAAUCAUUUUCAUGAAUAAAGCGUUAAAAAUUCCCCUAGUCCUUCAACAUGGAGAAGAGAACAUGUUUGGAACAUCAUGAAAUUAUGUGAACUACAGUAAGAAGUACAACCAGAAUGGUCUACAACAGAAGUGCCUUUUCUGCCACUAAAUUUCUGGGGUGGCAAGACCUUAAGCAUUAGAAAUGCAUGCUGUCACACCCUUAAGGCUGUCAUAAAAUCGAUUGAGAUAAA